CGUGAGGGUGUCACGUGGGUCUGCUCCCAGGGUACAGCGGGCGCGCUGGCGUUGGUUGCCAUGGUGCUGCUGUGAGGGGAGGGGGUUCCGCCGUCAUGGCGCUGUCCGCGCCGGCCCCCUCCCGCGUCUUCGCCGAGCUCGUCCCGGCCCAGGCUCCGACUCCUCUAACUCCGGCCCAGGCGGGACGCGGCGGACCCUCGGCUCCGUCCGGCCGGGAGGUGCACGUGAGCGGCAGCGCGGAGCUCAGCGCCGGCCCGGACCGGGCGCGGGUGUCGGCGCGUCUGAGCAGCCGGAAGGAGGCAGCCGGGGCGGCGCGGAGCAGCGUGACCCGCCGGCUGGAGUACAUCGCCCAGACCGCCCGCCAGCGCGGUGUCCCGGAAGAAAAUAUGACUGUAACAGAGGAUUUUAAUAGAGUAGAAAAUACUUACCAAAUGGAAGCAGAGGUCUGUAUCAUAUUCAGUGACUUUGGAAAAAUGCAGAAUGUUUGCAAUCUACUCAUUGAAAAGUUAGGAACCUCUGUUACCAUCAGCCCACCCCAUUUCUACCAUACACCAGAAGCUGUGGACACCCUUCGCCGUCAAGUCUGCGUUGCUGCUGUUGAAAACACCCGACGGAAGGCCCAGGAAGUCUGCCGGCUCUUUGGCCAGUCACUGGGAAAACCUUUAUUAAUAAGAGAAGAAGAAACAAGAGAAUGGGGAGGCCACACUGAGAGUCACCUUCCCAACUCCCCAGAUUUACUGACUCUGCAGGAAAGAAUCCAGAAUGCUACAGCUUAUGCUUCUUGUAGAGUGUUCGCUGUGUUUGAGAUAAAGGGAAAAGAAAACAGGAGAAACAAGUUGCUCUAGAAAUCUUCAAACCCUACAUAUUAAUAAAUUUUUCACGCUUUUU